AGAACACAGUUCAGUCCUAAGCGGGUAGCUCUCGAUUGAUUUAUUUAUCAUUUUUUAUCAUUGGUACUCUGUUCGCUCCUUCGAUAUGAUUCUCUAGUAUAUGUUCAAUUAUUUUCCAACUGUCAUAUAUUAUCUAUUUUCUAUUUUCUAAUCAUGUGAAAAUAAUUCUGAUGAAUCUCUAAAUCUGAUGAAAAAUUUUUACUAAUUUUUUCUAAAUCUAAUGAAUCUUUAAAUAUAAUUAAAAGUUGAAUAAAAAUUAUCUAAUAAAAAUUUGUCUAAUGACAAUUGGAGUUAAAAAUUAGAAUCAUUAGAAUCAUUAGAAUCGAAAAAGUAGAAACAGUUCAAAGAUUAAUUGAAGGUGUUAUUGAAAAUGGCCCGAACGAUUCUGUCGAUUUUCGUUCUUCUUCCAGUUGUAAUCAGUUACAUUGAAGGAGCAUGUUUUCAUGUGGAAACGAGAGAUUUAAUGGAGUACUCAUGCACUGGUGGUUACGUCACUGACUUGAAUGGUAUUCCAGAAGGAGUUGAACGAUUGAAAAUAUCGAGAAUGCGGAUUCCGAUCAUCACCCCUCACACAUUCUCCCGAUUCAGCGAAUCUUUGCUGGUUCUCAAGUGCUCGGAAUGCGAAAUAUCGGAAAUCGAACCGAACGCCUUUGGCAGUAUGACGUACUUGCAGCAGCUGAGUUUGGACAACAAUCGACUGUCAUCAGUGAAAGCUUCCUGGAUAGAGGGUCUCAGGGACCUCAACUACCUGGAUCUCACCUACAACCAAAUAGAAGAAAUCGAAGACGACGCCUAUCAGUAUCUAGGAGAAGUCACCGACCUCCGACUCUCCGGCAAUCGUCUCAAGUGUCUCAAUCUAGACGCAAUGUCCCAAAUGUCAAAUCUAAAGCGCAUCUUCCUAAACGACAAUCCCCAAUUCCAAUGUCCGAAUGCUGUCGUGAAAUUCCUCGAGGAUCGCAACGUCACCUUCCAGGAGGACGAGACCUGGAAGGACAUAACUCACGAUACGGUGCCAGCCAGUCGGAACGAGCAACAGGACUGGAGAACGAGACCCUAUCCAAUCACCACGACUCCCGUGUAUCGGGAGAGAAUCACCGACACCAGGAGACCGGAUACUAUGGAAACUGUCUGGACCACUCAGCCAGAGACUCAUCGUCCCAUGACAACGCAUAUCUGGACACGUCCGGCUCGACCUCCUGUCACCACCGAAUCGGAUAUUGCUCGCGAGGACAUGUUCCUCUCCCGCGGGGGAAGUGUUCACGAAACGCACACUCCCUCCAUGGACCGAAAUUCCUGGAUGACCACACCGAGAUACUGGCCCACCGAACACGUUCCAAGGACUCUUCCCGAAGAGACAGUCUACCCAACGCGUGAAACUUCGCGACCAGUCGCUCCUACCGAACGAAUUCACUCGACAGUCUCCAAAGGUGUUUAUCAACAACCCAAUUAUGUGCCUCACGUCACUAACGCUCAGGAAAUUGACAACUAUCGUCAAGGCGAUGAAACCUCCACUGUCUCCAAUUUGGAACGAGUGGAAACCGAGAAACCAUUGCCAGACUGUGAGAAUUCAUCCUCGAUUAUCAAUAUCAAGAGGGAAAUUAUUCUCCUCUGCACUCUUUUGCUUAUUUCUAAGACUGUCUUUCAAGACAUUCUGUAGAGAUUCCGUAAAAAUUCUGUCAACAUCUUGUAGAUUCUCUAGAGAUUCUCCGGAAUUCUCUAGAGAUUCUUUAAUAUUCUCUGGAAUUCUUUAGAGAUUCUCCAUUAUUCUCUGGAAUUCUUUAGAGAUUCUCUAUUAUUCUCUAGAGAUUCUCUAUUUUUCUCUGGAAAUCUUUAGAGAUUCUCUAUUAUUCUCUAGAGAUUCUCUUUUUUUCUCUAAUAUUCUCUAGAGAUUCUCCCAUCAUUCUCUAGAAUUCUCUAUAGAGAUUCUCUGGAAUUCUCCAGAUUGGAAAUUUUUUUCAACAAACACCAAUUUGAAGGAAGCAAAAAUAAGAGGAGAAAAAAAAUUGGAGAUUGGAAAUUUUUUUUAACAAACACCAAUUUAAAGGAAGCAAAAAUAAGAGGAGAUGAAAAAAUUGGAGAUUGGAAAUUUUUUUUAACAAACACCAAUUUAAAGGAAGCAAAAAUAAGAGGAGAUGAAAAAAUUGGAUAAACAAACGCGAGUGAUUUAGCAUAAUUUUUAACGUGACUUGAAGAAUCAAUGAAAAACAUGGGACCCAUGUGACAUUGUCAUUAAACCUGUGCGCGGGCAUUUAUAUAGUGAAACUUUAUGAUUCUUUGUGACUAAACAAUAACUUUAACAGGUUAAUUUUAACGACGUAUUUAAUGAACGCAAUUAACCAUUUUAGAGGGCAUUAUUUAUUAUUAAAAAGAGAAAAACUUGUGCGAGAAAAUUUAUGCAUACCAUAUUUUAUUGUUUUUCUCAUGGUUCGUGACCUUCAUUUUCGAAGAUGUGGAAGGAUUAUUUUGGAAUUUUUGAUGAUCGAGAAUAUUCAAAAACAAUGAGGGACCCAUGCAUUUUUAUU